GAGAACCGUCCGGUUAGUUCCAGGCUGACGGCAGGGAACGCGCGUUACCGGCGAUCGCGAGUCGAUCUCGGCAAGGUGUGGCGGCAGCGGUUCGUCCGAAAGAGAGAGGAGAAGAUCGGGGCCCGUCGAAACGGGCGUUCGACGCGGCCGCUGGUGGGAGGCGCCGCGGGACGCGCGGGGCCAGGGCCCGCCGACAAAGGACAGAGCGAGAGGGAGGGAGAGAGGGCGAUCGAGGCCUCGACCGAGCCGUGUUCCGUUUCUCCGUCUCUCUCUCUCUCUCCCACUACCCGGCACUCUCCGGCGCUCCCCGGCACUCUUCGGCGUCGGGCCCCUCUCGGUCGGUCUUUCUCCGUCCGAGCGGCCGGCCUCUCUCUCUCGCUCACUCUCCCUCGUCCGCGUUUCACUCGAGCUCUUCGCGGAGGAUCUCCGCCGUAAAGUCAGUAUCCCGUGAUGGUUGGGUACGCGCGAUACCACUCGUGCCGCGUCGUUGACAAGUGAACACGCUCCGCGGGCCCAGACGCUGCGCUUCGCACGCUGCCCAGACCUUCUUCCUCCACUCUGCGCUCGCGAUCGUUUCGUUUGCGAUUCUUCUGGCCGCGGCGCAGGACUUGGAUCGGGCCACCGCGUACACGGAGCCGACGGGACCGCUGGGAACCAUUGGGUGACACCGGGUCGCCGAGGGACGUCGGGUGCGUGGAAAAGUGCUCGGUGCUCGCGCAGCUGUCACGCCGCGAGCCAGCUCGCCUCUUCGUCGGUGGUGCCGCUGCUUUUCUGUGGAGCGAGUGAUGGCCCUGCGUCUGAGGAGCAGCAAGGAUGUCAAGAAGAGCUCGUACUACGUGUGGUACCUGGGCGCGAGGGAGGCCAAGGGGGUGGACGCGAUGCCCGGUGCCAUAGCUUACCUGUUGGAGCGGGAACGGCUUCAGGAGCCUUUCAAGGUCACGCUGCAGGUGAGCAACAAGGGGCUGAAGAUCAUACAGACGGUUCACCUGGGAGGCUCGACGAGGUCAGCUGUAAAACAUUUAGUGCCAGGACACGCGGUGCUGGCCGCUGUGCAAAGAGAGGACGUUGUUGCAGCGACUCUUCUGCUUCCGAACCCGGCUACCAACAAUCCUGUCCACGUGCACGCUUACAGAUGCGACUCGGUCGAGACAGCCGAGCUGCUGGGCGGCCAGCUGAAAGCGUUGGCGUCGCACUCCGACAACCUCGCGAGAGUGACGUCGCUGGAGGGCAGAGUUCGCAGCAAUUUGGGCAGCGACGGCAGGAGCACGAGAGAAUCGGAGUCGUCGGAAGGUAGCGGAGAACUGAGACACGAUCCUGUGCAGACCACCACGAUCUACGAGUCGCUGGCAGCCGAGCUGCGCGCGAAAUUAGGUAGGGGCAAUUCGGGCGACAACGACGUGGGACCGAUCCUGCUGCCACCGCGGGAUUACGACACGGUUCACAGACACCGCGGUAAUCUCGCCGGUAUCGAGUUCAGACGUUGCCUAAAUCAGACGAUCGUGGGUGGAAGCACCACGGUCGACAGAGGCGGUACGAGGAGCGCAGCCAGCAGCGGAAUCGGCUCCGACAGUGCUGCGACGCCCCCGCCUUAUCAGAGCCAUCAUCCCUUGGGACCGAGACCGUCCAGACCAUCCAGAGACUCCUCCUCGGACGACGACUGGGGCGCGCCAACCGAGGACAACGACUACCUCCCGGAGGCAGAGACGACGACUAGCCUAACGCUGCCGAGACUGCCGAGGAGCCCGGAAAGACUGAGCAGCCAGGUGUCCAGAGGCGUUUCACCGGGCUGCAACAGGAGCCGCAGGGCGCCGGAAUUCAGGCAACGAUCGCCGAGCCCCCAAUACCAGCCCAGAGCGAGUCCCGGCGAUGUGACCAGUCCCAGGGAGAGAUUUCAGGACGCCAAGGAGAUGUUCAGAGCCAUGGAGAGAGAGGCGAUCGCCAGGCCUGUCCUUUCCAGGCAGAGAGAAGUUGAAAGUCAUCCCGUUCACAGGGUCGAGUCGGCGAGGCAGGCGCAGGAGGAUCAGCCGGGCCGGCACCAUCCGCUCGGGAAUAGUUCAACGACUGGGCACGAGCACCUGAUCAGACGGAAUCAUUCGGAAGUAUCGGAACGGGAGAACGAUAUCCCUUACCGGGGCCGGCCGCGGCCGCGAACCCAUCAUUAUGCGAUGGAACGCCCACCGGAGCAAGAGGUCUCGAGGCCCCGGCCGCGGAGCUUCUACGAAAACCCGUCGGUUGGACGGGACUUCCGAGAUCAAAGGAACGUCGUCGAUCCGAGAGAACUGCGCGACUUCCGGGACCGGGCCCACGUCCGAGAGAUACGGGAGAAGGUGCGUGCCAGAGCGACGACGUACCAGGAGCUUUCGGAGCACGAGAGAUACCCUGGGCUGGACCGGGACAGCGCGAGACCGCCCCUGGAGAUCGUGCCCACCCCCGGGAGAUACCGUCACAGCUACGCCGAGCCGCCGCGACUUGGUUUGGCAGCUCUGCACCCCUAUUGAGCAUCGGCUGCUCGUUGUUAACUAAUAAAUUAUUUAAUUAAUCGGUUAAUAUCUGUACCGGGCGAUGAUGAGGUCUCCGAAGCGGACGGCUCGAGCUUGGAGAGCGAAGUGGGCGGAGCCUGGCGCCGCCCAUUGCUUCCCUAGAGCCGGCAUUGGCUCGCUAGGCCGGCCGCAGUCGACGCUCUUGCUCCCACCACCGUCUCUACGGUCCCUCCCACCAACUCCUACCGGUGGACCGCUCGGCUCCGCCCUCUGUCGCCGCGUAGCUCCUCCCACGAACGUCGAGUUCGCUCGGCAGACCUACGAGUACCCGUUAUCGUACUAUUCGAUCGAUUAUGCAGCGUUCCGACGGGAUUACGACGACCGUCCGUUGCACACGCGUUCGUUUCCAUCCGCGACGAACGCUGCAUAGACUCUGGAGGAAGCUUUUUCUCGAUGGAGGGGGUAACGUCGCGGUUCUAAUUCGAUAGCUAGAAUCGCGGGUCGGCGAUAGAAUGUUACGCAUUUAAUUAGUUGUUUAAGUUGUCGUCUCGACGAAAGCGGAGAUCGUCAGCGUCCCUAAUGCGGAUCUAGUGAUUUAUUGUUGUUCAGAACGAAUCAGACCCAGCCGUUGGGAAUCGCUGUAGGUGAUUGUGUUGUUGUGCCUCGAACCGACGCGUCGCGACCACUGCGCCCAGUCAGGAGACGCGUAUGGAGAAGAUCGCAGAUUUAUUAUUCACCUUGUACUCGCGCGUUUCGUUGCGCCGUGGACCGAGAUUCCCGUGGCGGGGAUCGCUUGUUAAUUUCCGAACGCGACCGGGCGCAUUAUAUUUGUUAUGCGCCGGAUGCCAGACUAACGAUAACGAUAGGAAUACUAAGCAGCAGUAACACUGACAGUAACAGUAACAAUAAUAACGGUUAAUAACAAUACA